GAUACAGCUCUAGUAGGAAGGAAGUCCUUAUUGUGCCAUGCACGUGUCCAUGGGAGGAUACGAAAAGACUUAGAUUACUCAUCUUUCAUAAAGAAGCAAGAGCGACAGAAGAUGGUCGUGAAAGGAAGAUUAUCCACUAUGCGGCAGAACAAAUCGAAGAAAAAGACUUCGUUGCCUUCCAGAAUAUCAGCUGAGCACUGUUCCAAGAAAAAUGACAAGACUUCUUCGGCUCGAAGACGUUCGAGUCCAGAAAGACGAUCUGCAAAGGAAUCGAGGCGACAAACCGGUAGAGGUAGCUCGCGGCGGUCGAAAGCGAUGUCUCCGAGCGGUGGUGGUCCGAGGCUGCCAUUGUCUCCGCGAUCCUCCACAGCAGCAAAGUCUCCGACGUCAAUAAAAUCUCAAACAUCAUCCUUCUCUCGAAGAUCAAAAAUUGAGCCGUUGUUAUCAGAUGACGAGCUGAGGAUUGCAGUAACGACAAGUUCGAAAAUCGAAAAAUCUACAGAAAAUUACACACCUCCGGUUGCAGGUAAUCGCUCAGCUGUCGAAACUGAAAAUCCCAAGUCUCUUGCUUCAGGUGCUUCGAGUCCAAGAAAGCUCAAACCUCCGUCUGAAAUUACUGCACGGGUUGCGCAAACAAAACAAUACAAACCUCAGCCCGUUGCUGAGACUGCAUCUAUUGAAGACAGCGCAGAGAACGACAGGUAUGAAUUGGCCGAAUCCAAGCUUGCGGCUGCAAGUCAAGGGAUGUUUGAGGUGAAAAAUAUUACAAUCAACGAAACAUCUCCAACGGGACAACACAGGGGAUCGAGUGCUCUCGAGGCGGGUUUGUUCACUGACGGUUCUGGAACCUUCGGUACCGAUACCUAUGCAUCCGACACUUUUGCUGACGAGAUGUCGUUUUCAUUCGAAUCUCACCAACGCCCGAAGAAGAAGUCUUAUCGCAAGUACAGAUUUAGCAGAAGUUGGGUUACGACGGAUGCAUCAUCGUUCGACGAUGUUAGUGUCAUCGUCAAGCAACGGGUAGCGUGGGGUUGCAUUUUCCUGUCGGCAGUCCAAUUUGCAAUUCUCACUACUCAAGUGCUGAUGUGUGGAAUCGCAAAAUUGAAUAUUAACCCAACGAUUGGUCCGUAUCCUGAUGCAUUUUCUGAAUGGGGAGGAAAAAAUGCAUAUCUACUAGUCGAAGGACACCAGUACUUUCGGCUAGUCACUCCUACCUUCUUGCAUGUUGGAUACCUUCAUUUCCUUAUGAACGCAUUUUUCCAGCUCGAGACCUGUGCUUACUUGGAACGUGAAUGGGGAUUCAAUGUAUGGAUCUUCAUUUACCUUGCAAGUGGUUUGGGAAGUUGUUUGGCGGCUUCCGCUAUCGACCCAAACGUAAUUGGUGUAUGCAGUUCUGGAGCUCUGAUGGGAUUAUUUGGCGCCAGAAUAGCGCAGGCUAUUGUGUGGUAUUCCUUCGAGCCUCGCCAUGAAUACAUAGGACAGGGUGCCCUUCUUUUCGAACGACUGGGUGGAAUAGUUUGCAGUGCUGCAGUCGUAUUUCUCUUAACGUUCUUGACAUAUAUCGAUUGGUCAGGACAUUUGGGCGGUCUUGCGACUGGAUUCUUAGUAGGGCUCGUGGUUUUCCCUUUUGCGUUGGAGGGUCGAUCUACCAAAGCGGUGCUAAGAUUUACCGGAGUGUUAGGACUUUUGAUUGGAGGAGUAGUGCUUGGAGUGCUCCUCUUCCACUAUGCAGAAUUAGAUGAAGAGCUCGCUAAUGCAUGCAAUUACUUCCGAAGUCUUUACACAGAAGGGUACAACUGCGAGUGCCAGGCCUUUGACUAAGUUUGGCCGAGCUAGCCACGGCACUGCGCUCAAUUGAGCGAACGCGGUAGUACAUCUCCCCUUCAUUGAUUUGCUUUCAAAAGAAUAUAUGUUCUAAUUGUGGUCAUUAAUAGUGAAACAUUUUAUCUUACACCCUUACUUGUUCUUAGUUGUGGUAAUACUUAAUAAUUCAAUUGUGACAUA